UCUUCUGGUGAGAAAUGGCUCCCAAAACCAUUAAAUCUGCUAUAGCAGACGCGCUGGAGGAUCUGUCAGAGGAAAACUUCAAAAAGUUCUGCACCAGGCUGCUGGACCGCAAGGAAGAGCCGAGAGUCCGGCGCAGGCAAGUGGAGGGAAAAACCUACCUAGAGAUCACUGACCUCCUGGUUUCUACCUUUACCGAGGUUAAAGCUCUACAGGUGACUGUGGAUCUGUUGAUGGAGGCAAGGUGCGGGAACGAUGCCGAGGAACUCUUGAAAGAAACAGCUGCACUGCGCUCAGAGCUUGGUUCCAGUGAUGCUGCAAGACCAUCAGCUGGAGCAUCUGGUGGAGAUACCAUGGCAGACAAGCACUUUGUGGAUAAACACAGAAUGGCUCUAAUCCAAAGAGUGAGCAACAUUGCACCCAUUCUGGAUGGGCUCCUUUUCAAAGGUGUCAUCCAACAGGAGAGUUAUGAUAACAUCCGAGUUCUGCCCACCACUCAGAUGAAGAUGAGGGAGCUCUUCUGUGGUUGCUUGAAAGCUGGCCCUAACUGCAAAGAUGUCUUCUUGAAACUUCUUGAGGAAAAUGAGAAGUAUCUCAUUGAGGAACUCAAGAACAAAUAACUCUUUUGGAUAAAUUUUUAGGAUAUACAGCCCACCUAAAUAAAUAGGAAAUACUGAUUUUAGCACCAUUUUCCUGUGGAGAAAUGAAGAGUAUAUUCACUUCUGCACACACCACUGCACCACUGAUAACAUGAAUGUUUCAGCAGAACUGUGCCUCUUUCAAUGAGGGUCUUUUAAUUACAUCGCUUUAAAAAGAUUGAAUCCUGUUGCAGUCAGAAUAUGCAAAUAUUUAUCAUGUAAAUGUGGAUUAAUUAUCCCCUCCUAUCUUUUUUAUCAAUUUGCAUGAAAUGUAAUGCUUCCAUAUUUUAACCAUUUUUAAAUGUAAAUUAAAAGUGAAUUAUUAGAAUUUGUCUAAAAAUGCUUUGAGAUCCUAAUUUCUUGGAUAUUUUUUUUUUACCAAGUAGAAUCUAUUUACAUUUGGAGGGUAUUUUAAAAUGUCCUAUGUACAAUGAACUUCCUGUUAAACAUAAA